AGGAACAGCUCCGACAAUACAGUUUCAAACCCCGGUGCUAAACGCCGUCGCCAAGCACACAAAACAGGCGCGAACGUGUAUCCUGUUCAGGACAAAGUGGAAGACAAGGUCCCUGAAUCAACAAUCACACAGCAUCAGCAUUGUAAAGACAUGCCGCCGGAUGUGUUAAUCUUGGGUGACUCCAACACAAAGCCAAUCAAGCCAGACGUCAUGUAUCCAGACAAACGUGUAACAAAAGAGAUAACCUACAACAUAACACAAGCUACAGACCACAUCCAACAGUCAACCAUGCCCGCCCCAAAAGUUAUACUGUUCCACAUUGGAACUAACGACGUACGAGACAAACGGGAUCCAACGGCUGUUUCUGAGGGUUUUCGAAAACUAAUUCAGACUUCCCGCGAUAAGUUCCCCCACACUCCACUGGUUUUCUCCGCCAUUCCGCCCAGACGCGACUCAAAGCUACAAGAAAUUGGCGAACAGGUGAACUCUUUCCUGAAUGUCGUAUCUGAAGAAACCAGCUACGUACACGUGACGGACAACAGCAACCUGUCAAACAUGGGGACGAUCAAGGAAGCCCUAUAUUGCCAAGAUGGUUACCACUUGAAUAGGUUCGGAACCCGCGUGAUGGUCUCUAACAUUAAAAGAGUGGUUAACCCUAUCAUAGGUCUGGGUAACUACAGCAGUAAGGGUACAAGGGCAAACUUCCAGUCACUCCCUGGUCAAUGUGCUGUGCCUCCAAGAUUCUACCAGCAUCCCGCAAACGGUCAGAGACAACCCCCACGUUCUCUCGUGGUUGGAUCUCAAGGUCAAAGUCAAGGCCUUCCCCGAUCACCAAAUGCACCUGCAUCAAACCAACGUUCAACUGUACUGUCCGGACGUGCCGUCGGAACUUUUCCAGCCAGUUCUCCUUCGGGACAGCCAAACGGACAACCCCGUGAUGGUGGUACUCCAUCACCGGCACCGCCUGGACGUCCUGCCGUGUUCGGUGCACCUGCCUCGGGACAGCCAGACGGACAACCCCGUGGUACCCCACCACCGGCACCGCCUGGACUUCCUGCCAUGUUCAAUGCACCUGCCUCGGGACAGCCAGACGGACAACCCCGUGGUACUCCAUCACCGGCACCGCCCGGACUUCCUGCCGUGUUCGGUGCACCUGCCUCGGGACAGCCAGACGGACAACUCCGUGGUACUCCAUCACCGGCACCGCCUGGACGUCCGGCCGUGUUCGGCGCACCUGCAAGAGACUCUCGCCUACAGCCGAGUCAGCGUUCGGGACCAUGGGGAAGCCCGCCUCCCUUCUUCAACUUCCCACCUGCACCAUGGGGCCUUCCACCUCCGAACACUACCCGAAUGGCUCCUCCACCUUGGCCCUGGCAUCCAGCCCUGAUGUGGCCGCCCAUGCCGAUGUGGUAGGAAAAGUAUAAGUAUAAGU